AUGGACAUGCACAAAAAUAUGAGUCAGGAUCAUACAGUUGAAAUGUGCCAACUUCAGAAAAGUUACCAAGCUCUGGAAGAGCAGAUGAACAUCAUUUUGUCCAAGCGCUUGUGGUACAUCAUGCUUGAGCAGUUCCUGAUGAAAUACGUCUGGAGUAGCAGUGGACUGAUUAUGGUGGCCGUUCCUAUUAUCACCGCAAAAGGAUUUGCUGAUGGUGAUUUGGACAAUGGCCAGAAACAAGGCAUGGUGAGCGAACGAACGGAAACCUUUACUACCUCACGAAAUCUGUUAGUUUCUGGAGCAGACGCCAUUGAACGGAUCAUGUCUUCCUACAAAGAGAUUGCAGAAUUAGCCGGCUACACUGCCCGUGUUUACAAUAUGUUUUCAGUUUUCGAUGAAGUAAAAAGGGGCAUUUACAAAAUAUCAAACCUUACUCCAGAACGGGAAAACAGCAACAACAAAAGGAAUAAAGCCAAACAAUGCAUUAAUGGCCCUUUAGAAAUCAAAGGAAAAGUAAUAGAUAUUGAUCAUGGGAUUAUCUGUGAAAAUGUCCCUAUAAUUACCCCAAAUGGAGAUGUGGUGGUUUCCAAGCUAAACUUCAAAGUUGAGGAAGGCAUGCAUCUCCUAAUUGCCGGUCCCAAUGGUUGUGGGAAGAGCUCGCUUUUCAGGAUUCUAAGUGGCUUGUGGCCCGUCUACGAAGGGGUUCUUUACAAACCACCUCCCCAGCAUAUGUUCUACAUUCCACAAAGGCCUUACAUGUCCCUGGGAACGCUACGGGAUCAAGUCAUCUACCCCGAUUCAGUGGAUGACAUGCAUGAGAAAGGAUACCAAGACCUGGACCUAGAAUUUAUCCUACAGAUAGUUCAUCUGAAUCAUAUUAUUCAGAGAGAGGGAGGUUGGAACGCUGUGAUCGAUUGGAAAGACGUCCUGUCUGGAGGAGAGAAGCAAAGAAUGGGGAUGGCUCGGAUGUUUUAUCACAGGCCGAAAUACGCGUUGCUAGAUGAAUGUACCAGCGCUGUCAGCGUUGAUGUGGAAGGAAAAAUAUUCCAGGCUGCAAAAAGUGCCGGCAUAUCCCUGCUUUCAAUAAGUCACAGGCUGUCUCUUUGGAAGUACCACACGCACUUGCUCCAGUUUGACGGAGAAGGAGGCUGGCGUUUCGAAGAGUUGGACACCGCUAUCCGCUUAACUCUGAGUGAGGAGAAGCAGAGACUUGAAUCGCAACUGGCGGGGAUGCCAAAAAUGCAGCAAAGGCUGAAUGAACUCUGCAAAACCCUAGGGGAAGAUUCUGUGUUUAAAACAGUGGAUCAAGGAGAAUAA